AUGUUCGCCGCCGCACGUCAGUCCGCCCUCCGCACAGCGCGAACACAGCUUCGGCAGUCGCAGCCCACCGUCGUACCCCAAUACUCGGCCUUCGCACGGUUCGCGUCAACAUUCGCCAUUCUCGAGCAAAAGGAGGGAAAGAUUGUAUCACAGUCAUUGGCCGCCAUCACGGCAGGAACAAAACUCGGAGGCUCAAUAACAGCCUUCGUCGCUGGAAGUGGGGUCAAGUCGGCCGCAGAUGAGGCAGCCAAGUCAAAGGGUGUAGAGAAGGUCAUCUACGUUGAGAAUGGAGCAUAUGACAGGUGUCUUCCUGAGAACUAUGCGCCACUCCUGGUUGAAAACAUCAAGAAGGGUGGAUACACACACGUCGUUGCCGGUCACUCAGCAUUUGGAAAGAACAUAAUGCCACGUGUCUCGGCGCUGUUGGAUACACAGCAAAUAUCAGACAUUACCGGCAUUGAAGGUGAAGACACAUUUGUCCGCCCGAUCUACGCUGGUAACGCCAUCAUGACAGUUCAAUCGUCGGAUAGCACCAAGGUUAUCACCGUCCGAGGCACCGCAUUCCCCGUGCCCGAGACCGAAGGCGGAAACGCAACAGUGGAGGAGGGCAUUGACCCCAAGGCCGAAUGCUCGACAGAGUGGAUAUCCGAAGACCUCCAGAAGUCCGACCGUCCAGACCUUGGCUCGGCAGAGAAAGUUGUCUCGGGAGGUCGUGGUCUGAAGUCCAAGGAGGAGUUCGACAAGCUCAUGCCACCACUAGCAGAUGCGCUCGGUGCGGCUAUCGGUGCAUCAAGAGCAGCGGUCGACAGUGGCUUUGCAGACAACAGUUUACAAGUAGGCCAGACUGGAAAGAACGUUGCGCCACAAUUAUACCUGUGUGCUGGUAUCUCUGGUGCUAUUCAGCAUCUGGCAGGCAUGAAGGACAGCAAGGUUAUUGCAGCUAUCAACAAGGAUGCCGAGGCACCCAUCUUCCAGGUCGCAGACGUCGGUCUCGUUGGAGAUCUUUUCGAAAAGGUCCCAGAGUUGACCGAGAAGCUCAAGUCGCAGUAA